AUGCCUCCUAGACUACAUCAUUUACCUACGCGGCCAUUCACAAGUGUGCGUAGCCCUGUGUUAAAACGUUUCGAAAGCACAGUAGAACGUCAACCAGAUAGCAACUCGAAUUCUCGAUGGCUGAGCACGAUUAAAGCUAGGAUUGGGAAAUGUAUUAUGUUUGGGAUGAGCCGAGAACAAGCACGAGAUGCGGGAAAUAUAUUAGAGAUUUUGGGGCGAGAUUGGAGGGAAUUAGUAGCUGGGAGACUUGGAUACCUGGUGGAUAAAAACAGAGCGGGUUUGACAAGGCAUAAGGUUGUUUGGGGGGAAAUGGAUUGUAUGAAACACGUUAAUAAUGUCAUGUACAUACGAUAUGCCGAGAGUGCAAGAGUAAAUUGGACUCAAAAUUAUGCCAUUCAUAUCGAUCCCCAAAAUAAAGAUAAAUGGAGACAAUUGUGUACGCCAGAGGGUUAUGGAAUGAUACUACGAAGCAUACAUACGACGUACCUCUUCCCUAUGACAUGGCCGGAUCACAUUUCCGUGUAUCAUAAACUUAGCCAUCAACCCAAAAGUGAAGCCGAGUUUUCUUUCAAAUUAGACGUACUAAUCAUGUCGGAAUUACAUCAAAGAUCGGCUGCUAGAUGUGUGGAAGAUAUUGUGACAUAUGAUUAUAAAAAUGGAAAGAAGGAGGGGCUGCAACCAUGGCUUUUGGAUGCUUUUGCGAAGACUUGGGAAGAGCAAAAUAUAGCAAUGGCAAAUGCACGAAAGAAAAUUGAGAAUAUAGAAGAGAAAGUCAGGAGAUUGGAGAUUGAGACCUGGGAUAGGGAGGAUGCGGUAGAGGAUAUGGGUACCGCUAACAGGAUUUGA